AUGGAAAGGCAGUAUUACUACAAGAAAAGAGAGGCAGCGAAAAGAGCACCAACAAAGUUUUUAAGCGUCAUUGUUGAUGGCAUGGAUCAAUCGAAGAGUAACCUGCCACAUUUUGUAGGAAGGACAGCAAAGGCAGUAAAUUCUGCUGACCAGUUAAAAACUCACAUUUCUGGAGUAAUUGCCCAUGGUCAAAAUGAAUUUUUUACGUUUCUUGACAUUGGGCAAUAUCCCCAAGACUCCAACUUGACGAUCAACAUUAUUCUCCAGAUACUCUUCAAAAUAAAAGAUAUAAUGGGAGGAAAAUUGCCACCCACAUUUUAUUUACAGGCAGAUAACUGCUGGCGUGAAAACAAGAACAAAUUUGUGCUUGCAUUUUGUGAAUACUUAGUGCAUAUAAAAGUCUUCAAGGAAGUUCAUCUAUUGUUUUUGAUGGUUGGCCACACGCACGAGGAUAUUGAUGCUUGUUUCAGUAAAGUGGCCGAUAAAUUGCGGAGAAAUGAUGCCGAAACACUAGAUGAUCUUAUUGAGCUUCUUCCAAAUGUCAAGGUCAUCAACUUCAUAUAUGACUUUCGGACGUGGAUUCAAAACAGUAUAUGCGAUUUGAGGAAACAUACUCGUCCCCUUCAUUUUAAGUUUAGAAGCAACGAGUCUCUAGUGGAAACAUUUUAUAAAGGAAAGUAUGACUCUCCUUGGAAGAAACUUGAAGGAGGUAUAAUGGCUCGAAACAACCAGCAAAAAAUUAUCAGCAUUCGAGGCAGUCCAAAACUGUCUCCAAUUAACUUCGAUGGAAUUGGUUUAGAAAGAAUAUCAAGCCAGUUAAAGCAUUGGAAAUGUUUAUUCAGUGAUCAGAUUGAUCAGACCCAAUAUCAUUGGUGGGGACGUUUUCUCAAGCUAUGGAAGAAAUGUGAGGAAAAUUCUUCUGAACGUCGCAGGCUAUUUUUUGCGAAUGCACAAUGGAUUCUUCCAAUGCUACCCAAACAGUUGAGUCAUGAUGAAAACGAAGAAGAGAACCUACUGCCAGACACAAUACAGAACAUGAUGAAUGAUGAGCUUAUUGAACCUGUUGUUUUGAGCAAGUAA